UCGCUCAAGCCUCCCAGAAGCCAAGCUUUUUGGGGUGAGCGGACACAAAUGCCCAGUCGGUAGGCAGCUGGCCCUGUCCGGGCGCAAUGGCGACCGGGCAGCCCAGCAGCACCCAAACUUGUAGCGGCCUCUGCAGCAGUAGACUGCAGGAGGCUGAGCAGCCAGGUGCCGCUCUGCAUCGCUCGCCGGUCACGGUCCAGAUCACAUUGGAUGAGAACGCCCACAGGAGCGCAGGGCACGCCGCUGACGAGCUGGCCUCGGAGCUCGAGAACGCGAGGCGCGAGCUGCAGUCGGUGACCGAGGAGCGCGACAACGUCCGGGAGCUGAAUAGGUCCCUGCAGAAGAGGUUGCGCGGGGCGCAGGAGAUGGCAGCCCAGGCGAAGGACCCGGCGCAGCCCGCGGUCGACCCGAGCAGCUCGUUCCUCAGGUGGCGCACCUCGGCCACGGCGAGGCGGUCGCUGAUGCAGGCGGCCGCUGGCGACCUGCUCGAGGGGCGCGCGCUAGAGGCGGAGAAGCGGGCGAAGGAGAGCGCCGAGGCGCUGCGGCAGCGCGACGAGGCUCUGCAGCAGCGCGACGAGCAGGUCUCGGCCUUGGCAUCGCAGGUCGAGUCCUUGACCUCGCAAGUCGAGGGCCUGCAGAGGCUGCUGCGGCACCGCAACGAGCAGAUCGCGUCCGAGGGGGAGGCCCUGCAGCAGCGCGACGAGCAGAUCGCGUCGCUGGCCUCGCAGGUCGAGGGCCUACACGACCUGCUGCGGCAGCGCGACGAGCAGAUCGAGUCGUUGACCUCGCAGGUGGAUGCCCCAGAACAAGAGCAGCCCGUCGAGCGGCCGCUGAAGGCGAAGGAGGACAUGGACCUGAGAGCCUCGCUCCUGAUCGCCCUGCCCGACAAGUGCUUCGGCGCCUCCAAGUUCGGCGACGACGAUGCGCAGACGGAGGUGCCAGAUGGCUCCGACGCUGGGUCGGCCCCGCCUCCCCCAGCCCAUCGUGUGAUCCACUUCUUCCUCCUC